AUCGGUCACGACCAACCGCCAACAAUCAUGGACGACCCGUACAUCCUCCAGCCCGUCCUCGCGGACCUGUACGACAGUCGUGAUCUCCUAGACUUCUCUGCUCCGGGCACGCACCACAUCACGACCUUCUCCCCCACCGCCUCUCCACCAAAAGAUAAUGCCGUCGGGUCGCUGUUCAGCAGCGUUGCCGGGUUUGCGGCCGGAGUCGGGGCGCGCGCCGGCAUCGCGUCGCCACCCCAAGGGCAGGGGUCUGGUUCACCAGGAUCGCCGGGUGCGUCAACUUCACCGCGCAGAGGCUCAGGCUCGGACACCGAGGCGCCUGAGCGCCCAGAGGUGCGAUGCGUCGAGGGGUUCGGGGCCAACCUCUACGUUGGGGGUAGCGAUGGUGUAGUCGAGUGGUGGGUGUAUGACGGGAGUGCAGGGCCAAGCGAGAACCGAGGAUGGAAGUUGCAGAGGAAACACAAACUCUUCCCAUGUCGACCCGUCAACCGCGUAGUGCUGCUUCCCAAAGUCUCGCGCGCUCUCAUCCUCUCUGAAGGCACGCUCCACUCACUCAGCCUCCCGGGGCUCGAGCCUCUACCCUCCAGCUCUAUCGCGCCCGUGCGCGGCGUGGUGAGUGUCGUGCUCAACGACGACGAGCUAGACUUGGCCGACAAGGACGGCGUGACAGACAUGACUGUCGUUCUCGUGAAGCGCAAAGGAUUAGGCAUCUAUCGCCUCGGCCAGCGCAUGACCAUGGUUAAGGAGAUCCCCCUGCCCGCCCCUCCAAAAUACCACGCACUCUUUUCGACCUACAUGUGUGCAGCGCUGCCGAGCGAAAGUGGAUUGACGUACUGCAUAAUCGAUCUCUCGGACGCGUCAUUGACCGAAGUCCUCCCUGUAUCUCAAACAGAUCCGGACGACAGCUGGGCGCCCAACCCAAACGUCGUUGUCAUUCCUGGAGAAAAUCAGUUCCUCGUUACUUCCUACACGGGAGCCAACACUAUGGGCGUCUUUCUCAACGGCCAGGGCGAUCCAGAGCGAGGCACUAUCGAAUGGGAAGAGCACCCGCUAUCCAUCGCCGUUGAGAGCGGUUUCAUCAUCGCUCUCCUCCGAAAUCAUACCGUUGUGGUACACAGCCUCAACGACCUCGAGAACCCCGCGCAGACCAUCUCGCUUGACCCCGCGGCCGGCGUCUUUGCCCUAUCCUACAGCCCAUAUGGGAUAUCUAUUCGCGACGUUGUCCGCGACGAGCGUAUGGUCCACACCCGCUUCACUCUGCUGAGCGGGGCAUUAGCUCCGCCCAUCUCGCCGGUUGAGAGUCCAGAGUUGCCAGUCGAGGUUUCGACAGCUUCUGAGGCUGAUCCUGCGCCAGAUAUUGAGGAGCCAGCCGGCGGUUCCGGCCUCACUCCUCCGACUUCGCCAAAAUUCGCACGACAGCCGAUCACGCCAGUGCGCAGCUCCUCUCUCCUCUCCGCUUCAAGCGCUCGUCGGCCCCCUUUCUCCUCUGUGAUCGCUGAGACGCUCGUCGUCGGCCGACACUCGAUUCAGGGACUCGUGCCAACACCUGUAGUCUUGCGCCUGGAACGACUGUGUGAGGAGCAUAGGGUGGACGAGGCCAUUGCACUCGUCGACGAGGAAAGGCGACGCGGACGGCGGGGGGAGAUUGAUGUUGACAAGGCGACCCACUCUGCCACAAUUCGCUUCAUGCACCAGUACCUCGCGUGCCACUUGCUCGUUGAAACUGUGUUUGAGCGCGCCGGAGACUACUUCAUGCGUGGGAAAGUUGACCCACGGGUGCUGGUCCGCCUCUUUCCAGCUUACCGAGGCAAGACGAUCGGCACAGCAGAAGAGGUCGAUGUGUACGAGGGCUUGGUUCCAAUACUCGAGGGGAUGCGACCCGUGGAGGACAUCAUCUCAUCAUUCCUCGACCGCAACUCGCCGCGCCCCGACCCAUCAGAAGCAGAGGAGCUGCGCCUUGCGCUGUACUACAGUGCGAAGAACAUGCUCACGGAGUUCCUUCGGAAAACGCGCGCGCAGCGGCGCAAGGGUGGCUCUAGGGGCCUCGACUCGCGCAAGAUCGACAUUGUUGUAGACACUACUCUCGCUAAGCUUCUCGCCGAGGAGGGAACAACCCACGAGUUGCUAGCGCUGCUCGGGGGACCCAACGACGUUGUGCUACUGGAGCUCGAGCCCUUCCUUGCCCAGCGCAAGUAUGUGUUGAGCACCGUCAUGAAGAGCCAGGGGCGGAUUGAUCGGGUAUUGGAACUGUUGAAAGAAAUAGCAGAAGGCCCACCCGAUGCCCUCUGCGACGACCCCGUCGGCGAGCUAGUGCAGACGCUCGACACUGUCGACGACCCUGACCUGUUGCGCCACUACGUCCUGUGGCUCGUCACUCGCGAGCCGGAAAAGGCGCUCAGCCUCCUCAUCACGAAAGGCAGCGCGAUAAAGGUGGAUGACGAGGCUCUAAUCACUGAUCUCGGCGCUGUGGACAAGGACGCCGCCCAUCAAUACCUCGAGUACGUCGUGGUAGGGAAACGUGCUGGUUCACCAGCCUUGCACGAGCAGCUACUGGCCCAUCUCCUCGAGCAGGCGGAGGAGAUGGUCGCAGACGACGGGAUCAGAUACCACCUCGAGGAACUGGAUGCGGAGUUCCGUCUCGCUGGGAGCACGAGCUACGCCGAGUUCUUCGCGGAGGUUGCACCCCCAACGCCCUUCAAGAUUAUGCGGCUGAAGCUCAUGCUGUUCCUCCAAAAUGCAGAGUACGACUUGGCAGCUGCGUCCGAGCGGCUGGAAAGAAUCAGCGUUCUUGUAACUGAGCGCGCGAUUGUUCUCGGCCGCUUGAAUCGUCACACGGAGGCGCUGAGGCUUCUGGCACAGGACCUGCCAGAUACGGUGUCGGCUCAAACCUACUGCACGUUGGGGGGAGAGAUCAUUCCCCCCAAGGUCGCCAAGGCGAUCACCAAACAUGAACCUGGCCUUGCUGGAUGGGUGGCCAUGUCCGAGGGUGGGAAGACGGACAACGUCGAUGCGGGAACACAGCACCGCCUGAUCGUCGAAUUGCUACGCGCAUACAUGCGCGAUUCCUCUGGCUCGGCGCGAUCGGCGAGCUUAUUGUCCGCACAGGGUGUGCAUCUCGAUGUGGAUGAGGUGCUGGACAUGGCCCCGGGUGACUGGCCUCUCGAUGCUGUCACGACAUUCUAUCGCCGCAGCUAUAGGCGUCUACUGCAAGAGAAGACCACGGGGUUGAUUCUCAAGAGCAUUGCAGCGGGACAGAACCUGGAGACUUCCGAACGGUACCUUGACGCUAUUUCGCACCUUCCGCCCACCACCCUACACCCGGCAGACGACGCCGAGAAGAGCAUUAUCUACGACGAGAAGCAUGACAUCAGCGAGAAGACGCCCGUCGAGAGCGACGGGAGCGACGGAACGGAAGAAAAGCUGCGCGCGCAGGAGUCUUAUCCCGCCGCCAGGCUAUCACGAAUGUGAUUGUGUAGCACAGAUACCCUGCAUAGGAUGCCAGUCACGAGUCACGAGAUACAUGGCACUGUUGG